CUCGCUUUCCUGGUUAUGAACUUAAUGAAAUAUAAAUAUUUAUUUAUUAAUAUGUUCAAGUGUUUCCUCUUUUCAGUUCUAGCUGGUUUAGCUCUUGCGGUUUCUCAGGUUGUUGCCCAGGAUCAGACAGGUUUCAUCAGUCUGGAUUGUGGGUUACCAAGUGAUUCUGAAAGCUACAAUGAAACAACAACGGGGUUACAUUACAUUUCAGAUUAUGAUUUCGUUGAAACUGGAGAUAGUAAGAGUAUAUUGCCCGAAUUUCAGGCGGGGAAGCAGCAGGAAACGUGGCACCUCAGAAGCUUUCCUGAAGAACUCAGAAACUGCUACAGAUUCAACCUCACACAGGGCAAUGAAUAUUUGAUCAGAGCGGUAUUCCUAUAUGGUAACUAUGAUGAGCUUGGAAAUUUACCCAAAUUUGAUCUGUAUUUGGGGCCUAAUAAAUGGGAAACCAUAUCAUUAACAAACGCAUCAACUGUUUCAAUCAAGGAGCUCAUCCAUGUCCUCCCAAGAAGUUACUUACAUGUCUGUCUUGUGAAUACUGGUUCUGGGGUUCCUUUCAUUAAUGCUAUUGAGAUCAGGCCUAUGAACAAUGGCAUUUAUAACAACACUGAAUCUGUAUCCUUGAAUCUCUUUGCUCGGCUAGACGUUGCUUCAGAAUCCAAUCAGACAAUAAGGUACAAAGAUGAUGUCUAUGAUCGAAUCUGGAUCCCGUAUAAUAAAGAUGAGUGGAAACAGUUGAGUACGAAUCUUACUAUUGAUUCUGACGGUGACAACAGUGGCUUCCAGCCUGCAUCUAUUGUCAUGAGGACUGCUGCGGUGCCCAAAAAUGUUAGCGGAUCUUUGGAUAUUUCAUUGAAAGUUGAUGAUCCCAGCCUUCAAUUUUACACUUAUGUCCACUUUGCUGAAAUUCAGAAGCUUCAGGGUAACGAGUCCAGAGAAAUGAACAUUUUUCUGGGAGAAGAAUAUUGGUAUGGACCUUUUAAUAUUGAUGGUUACUUGUCAACAACCACAAUAUACAGCAUAUCGGCGUCGUCUAUCAAUGGUGGAAAUUAUACAAUAUCAAUUCAGAGAGCUGAAAAUUCAACUCUUCCUCCCAUCCUCAAUGCCAUCGAAAUCUUUUCUGUGAAAGACUUCUUGGAGCUGCAAACCGACGAAAAUGAUGUUGACGCUAUAAUGAAAAUCAAGUCCAGUUAUGGGCUAAAGCGAAAUUGGCAGGGAGAUCCAUGUGCUCCUCAAGCAUAUUUAUGGGAUGGUCUAAAUUGCAGCUACGAUGGUAAUGACCCACCUCGAAUUAUAUCCUUGAACUUGUCCUCAUGGGGUUUGAUUGGAGAGAUACUUUCAUACUUGAUCAAUCUCACAUCGAUAGAGUAUUUGUAA